GGGGCGGGCUGAGGGGAGCGCGGGGCGGGCUGAGGAGAGCGGAGCCAUGGCGGGGCCGCUGUGCCAGGGCUGGGGCUUGGGGGCGGCCCUGCGGAGCCGCGCCGCGCUCCGGCCGCUCGGGCUGCUGGCACCGCCGGCACGGGGAAUGCUGGCACCGCCGGCACGGGGCGUGCAGGGACCGGGAGCGGGAACGGGAGCGGGAGAGGCAGCGCUGGAGGAGAACCCCUUCUACGGGAAGUACCGGCACAAGAUCCAGGAGCUGCGGAGGUCCAGUCCAGAUGUGUUUGAAUCCCGUAUGGAAAAAAGAAGUGAAGUGAAAAAGCAGCCUGUGGGACAUUCCAAACAAGGAGAGUUUAUCAGAUGCAUGGAGGAAAAGGCAGAAGGCUUGGGCAGCAAGACAUCAAAGGGAGGAUUCACAAAGGAGAAGACACUUGAUUCAAUUCUUAAUGUUGAGAUGGUGAAAGAAAAAUCAGCAGAGGAGAUAACACAGAUUUGGAAUCAGUAUUUUUCUGCAAAAGACACAGUUUAUGCUGUUAUUCCUGCAGACAAGUUUGAUUUGAUGUGGAAGAGAGCCCAGAACUGUCCAUCGUUUCUGUAUGCUUUGCCAAGAAAAGAAGGCUAUGAGUUCUUUGUGGGGCAGUGGUCUGGAACAGAAUUACAUUUCACUUCCCUGAUAAAUGUUCAGACCCAAGGUGAAACUGCUCCAAGUCAGUUGGUCUUGUACCAUUAUCCUGAUCUGCAGAAGGAGAAAGGGAUAGUACUAAUGACAGCAGAAAUGGACUCAAAGUUCUUGGUGGUCCAUGAUGCCCAGUGCUUGGCCAACCAGGUGCAGCUGUUCUAUGCCACGGAUCGCGCCGAGACCUACGGAUUAGUGGAGACCUUCAACCACAGAUCCAAUGAAUUUAAAUAUAUGUCAGUUAUAGCAGAGCUUGAGCAAAGCGGGCUUGGAAGAGAACUGAGACCUGGGCAGGCUUCUGACAAGUCAUAGAGCCUGGCCUGUGGUGAAAGGAGCCAGCAGCAGACAGGGCAUCCUAGGAGGGGUGGUCCGGUGCCUUCUGUUUUACAGUUUGGAUUUGGCCACAGAAAGAGCCUGCAGACAUCCUGGGAGGGUGACAGUCAAGCCUGUCUGGCACUGAUGCAAGAUGAGGACUCGGGCCAUUUGAACAACAGUAACUAAUUGCCAAAAAAUGGAGCCCAGCACUUCAUCAGAAAUCAGAUGUAAUCAGUUACAUCAGAUGUAACUUCAUCAGAAAGAGCCAUUUUCCCUGUCCUGUAACUUCCUGCUGCCUGCUGGAUUGUGGCAAUCUGAAAUAAAGUGACAGAAGGGGAACUCUGUAACGGGCUGUACUGACAUCAGGAAAGAGAUGACAACCAAUGUUCUCAGUAAAUGCAUUUUAAAUGCCCUCCACCAUUAUAAUUGCAUGGUUCAGUGCUUUUUAAUCUGUGUGGAAUUCAUACAGGCUUGUCCAUCAAGAAGAAAGAAUAGGAGCAAUGGUCUAAGACAGACACCUCUUUGUUUCUUUGUGAGGUUUCUUACACAGAUGUAUAUUGUGGUCUGAGUUUUUCUCAGGAUUAAAAAAACAGAGUCACUAGA